AUGUCUGCAAUUGACAAAAACCGAUUGAUUGGUGUUAGUAGUGCUGAUUUAGACCGUAAUACGUGUAGUAUAUGUCUUGAGAUAUACAACAAUCCAUUGGUCACCCCGUGCUGUAACCAAACAUACUGUUCCCAAUGUAUUCAUAAUUGGCUACAACGAAACCACAACUGUCCUAAUGAUAGAAAAGCGCUGAAUAGUACUGAGUUGAUUCGCGCACCGGAAUCUAUGUAUAACUUUUUGGACAGUUUGCUCAUAAAAUGUAAGUUUAUUGAUCAGGGAUGUGGUAUUGCCGUCAAACGGAGUCAAUUAGCCGCACACGAAGUUAACUGUGUAUUUAAUGCCAUAAAUCCGUGUCCCACGUGUGGUCUCUUUAAGGAGACGACCGAUGAGACCCAUAAUUGUGUUAAAAGUCUUCAAAUUGUAAAUCAAAGGCUAAUCGAUAGGAUUAACAAUACUAGCAUGGAGUCAAUGAUAAAAUUAGCAAGACAAUUUUUAAACUUUCACAUUAUUGAAAUUGAAAUUGGUUUAUUAGCUCAUGAAAAACUAAAGUGCAUUGAAAUAGCCAGAGAUGCCAUAAGUAAUGAAACUAAUAAUACGUAUAGACUAAUAGCGGGUCAGAUAUUUAGCAAACUUACCGCUUUGUAUGCCUUCCAAGAAAUCACAUGGCAUUGUAUACUCUAUGAACAAAAGGCCGGCCAUUCAAUGGUCAUUCACGACAAAUGUAUGCGCAUUAAGUUUGGCGACUUAACUGUUGAAAUGUUUACAAUCAAACAAAAUUAUAAGUCAAUGAAAUUGGUAAUAGACCAUGCUAAAUCUAUUUUAUGUCAUACUAUUGAAGAGGUGGUCAAUAUGGAUGUAUUCGUACAAUUGAAUUGCAUUAAUAUAGCCGUUGCGGCCAUACGUGAAAAAAACACUUAUAAAGAGAUUGCAGACACUAUUCACUACAAAUUGAAUCCAAACAUUGGUUUAAAGCGCUGGCAUAGCAUAGUGUUUGCCAAAUCUGGCGGCGAAUCACUAGUUUUUGCCGAAAGUUUUAUCCGAUUAUCGUUUGGCGAACUUAUUAUCGAAAUAUUCUGUGCCGGAAAUGUCAAUACAAACUAA